CUCGGUUCCUCACAAGUCAACUGCCCGACCUGAUUCUUUGGCACCAUGAAGGCAAAACAGGUGAAGGCCCGCCCGCCGCCUCACCAUGGCUGCGAGGGUCCAACCUUUCCCAGAUCCUUUCCCAUCUCCCCCAACCCAACCGAAUGCCCACCACGCUCGCAUCACCACAUUCAUCGCCGCCCCCCAGCGAACCAGCCCGUAGCCGCUGUCGCCGACGCGAAAUAAAAGUGCGACGCCAAAAGUCGAUACGGCAGAUUCUCACCCCAAGCUGAUUGUGUGCGCCCCUUGCACGCCCAGCCAGUGGAUCGCCCAUCUUCCCGAGCCAUCCACGCCUGGGCCAAAGCAUCAUCACCGUGACAAAGCAAAUUUUCCCCCUCUACCACUCCUUCAUCCUCGUCCCCGUCGUCGUCGUUUCCCAUCCAGCCACCCACAAACCACCUCUCUACCCGCCGCAUCGACGUAUUCGACGCGAUUUUACUCGCAGCGAUGGCUCCCUCUAGCAAGAACGCCGCUGCGGCCAAGGACCGGCGCAAGUCGGCCAACUCGGCUGCCCCGAUCGUCGCCAGUGCAGGCUCCCCUAAGCCAAGCCAAGUUGUCACCCUCAAGGUGCCCUCCCAGAAGCUGCGGGCCAUCAUCGACCCCGAUUUCAUCAAGGAAGACACACCAGUCAAGCAGUCACCUGCUCCAGCGGCCACCUCGGGCACGGAGAAUGCAUCGGAUUCCACACCCAACUCGCCUCCGGCCGGUACACCUGCAGCUCAAUCUGCCACCAUGGGGCCGCCGACCGAGGGUCCUAAGAAGAAAGGGGUGAAGAGAAGUGCAGCCGCUGCUGCGAAUGGUAACGGAGAACCCAAAGUCCGAGGAAAGCCCGGUCCGAAGAAGAAGCAGAGGCUUGAAGACGGAACCAUCGAAGGUGGGCGAGGCUCCCUUGCCGCGCACAAGCUCGGCCCCAAGGCCAACCAGGGUGCCAUCAACGCCGGCCUGCGAGCUCUGGACCGGUCUGGCAAGCCGUGCCGCAAGUGGAACAGGGGCGGCUUCACCCUAAAGACCUUUACCGGAGUCGUGUGGGAGAUCCCGCGCUGGACGGCACCGCCGAAGCCCCGGCCCGAGGAAUCGGCCGGCGGGUCUACGGCUGCGUCCGACAGCAGCAACAAGGAGAACAAGGAGGAUAACAGCCAGGUCAAGAGCGAGGCGAGCAACAAUGGCGGGGAUGUGGAGAUGCAGGGCACACCGAGCUUCGCCGCCGACAACUCGCCGGCGCCCGUUCCGAUUACCGCUGCCUGAUGGACCCUUUUCGGUCUUGGUCUCCAGUCUUUUUUUAUCACUGCUUUUUUUUUUGUUAGACAUCGGCUGCUCGGGUUUGGAGGAGUUUGCUACAUUGGGACCAGGGAGUUUGGGCGCUGUAUGGUGGGCAAUGGGAAAACAGCACUGGCAUAGCUACGUGGCUUGCCACGAGCAUCAGUAGGCAUGGAGUUUAGGAGUUCACUCGGCCAUGUAUGUACAACACCAAACAUUAGCAUGGUUUUGCGGGCAUCAUUAAGGUACGCGGGGUCAGGUUCACAGCAACAAUCACAAUAGAUGAUGUUUUUGAUA